AGCGGCCACACUGAUGGGAGUGUAUGAGGAGCGCGCCCCUCCUACCACCGGCAUGCACUGGCAGCCGCCCAGCUCGCAGGAGCGUGGCAGCGGCUUGGCUGUGGGGCGCCAGGGGGGACCCGGUAGCACGGUGGGGCCCGGUGCGGUGGACCAGGCGAGGGAUCUGAGUCCUUGCCUUCCCGCGUCGAUGGGCGAUGCUGCACGACCUACCACUCUACCGUGCAGUCCUCCUGCUGCCCAUCACCACGGGUCCCAUCAUACGCCCCUGCAUCAGACCCACUGUGGCACCAACAACAACUGUUACGACGGCUCGACCACCCCUUAUGAGUCGAGGGAUUACGAUUCACCCGGAGCAGGCGGGCAAGAAUACAGGGGCAGUGGUGGAAACUUCGAGAACGCCAAUGAUCUAAGCAUGCCAUCGCAGACAGCGCAUCACCAUCAUCAUCACCACCAUCAUCACCACCAUCAUCCCCAUCUGCAUCCGCAGGCGCACUCCCAGGAACAACAAACCACGACGGACCACUUGCACGCCAUCCCGAAGCUGGAACCGCCGCCUACGCCGCCCUCGCAAUGCGAAGACGUUCCGGGGAAUGUGGUUUGCGCGGGAUGCGGUCUCAAAAUAUCAGAUAGGUUCUACCUCCAAGCAGUCGACAAGAGGUGGCACGCUGCGUGCCUCCAGUGCUCGCACUGUCGUCAGGGUCUCGACGGGGAGGUCACCUGCUUCAGCAGAGACGGCAAUAUCUACUGCAAGAAGGACUACUAUCGAUUAUUUGCGGUAUCUCGAUGCUCCCGAUGUCGCGCUGGCAUUUCCGCCUCGGAAUUGGUGAUGCGAGCGCGCGACCUGGUGUAUCACGUGGCGUGUUUCACUUGCGCCUCGUGCGGCACCCCGCUGAACAAAGGCGAUCAUUUCGGCCAGCGGGACGGACUGGUGUAUUGUAGACCACACUACGAGUUGCUGUGCUGCGCCGGCGAUUACGGGGGUGCUGCCGGCAGUAUCGAAGACCUCGGCUCGCCAGGGGUGUCGCCGCUUCCGGCUUACUACGAGCAAAGCCCGAUCACUUCCGGCACGGUGCAGAAAGGCCGACCGCGGAAGCGGAAGCUGUCGGAAAUCACCGGCUCCGAGCUUCCCGUCACGAUGAGACUGGCCGCUGGAGCGCUCGAACUGCUGCAUCCCACGGAGCUGUCCUCGUCGAUGGAGUCGCUGGCUGCGUACGACGCAUCCGUGGGCUCCCCGGGACCGGUGCACCAGAAUCAGCGAACGAAGCGUAUGCGUACCAGUUUCAAGCACCACCAAUUGCGAACCAUGAAGAAUUACUUCGCGAUAAAUCAGAAUCCGGAUGCCAAGGACCUCAAGCAACUCGCGCAGAAAACUGGCCUGUCGAAAAGGGUGCUGCAGGUAUGGUUUCAAAACGCGCGCGCGAAAUGGCGACGGAACCUGAUGCGGCAGGACGGUAGCAACGCCGGUAGCAACGUCGGCUGUUCCGGAACGGCGGUGUCCUCCAGCACCGGCAAUUCUCCGACCGUCGGACCGGCAGCCAGCAUACUCGGCGACAGCAACAGCAUGCCCUCGACCUCGAUAGAGGAGUUACACGCCCUUCAUCAUCUGCAUUCAGGCCCUCAGGUCUCCUUUUCUGAUCUCUACUGA